AUGAAGGAAAAGUCCAAGAACGCAGCCAAGACUCGCAGAGAGAAGGAGAACGGAGAGUUCUACGAGCUGGCCAAGCUGCUGCCUCUGCCCGCGGCCAUCACCUCCCAGCUGGACAAGGCCUCCAUCAUCCGGCUGACCAGCAGCUACCUGAAGAUGAGGACGCUCUUCCCGGACGGUCUGGGGGAUCAGUGGGGCGAGACCACCAGGUUGAGUCCUCUGGACAGCAUGGUUAAAGAACUGGGCUCCCACCUGCUACAGACUCUGGACGGUUUCGUCUUCGUGGUGGCCUCUGACGGUAAAAUCAUGUACAUCUCUGAAACAGCAUCGGUCCACCUCGGCCUGUCCCAGGUGGAGCUGACAGGGAACAGUAUAUUUGAGUACAUCCACCCAUCGGACCACGACGAGAUGACCGCUGUGCUCGGGAUCCACCAGCCUCCUCACCCUCACUUCUCUUCAGAGUAUGAAGUGGAGCGCUCCUUCUUCCUGAGGAUGAAGUGUGUUCUGGCGAAACGGAAUGCGGGGCUCACAUGCGGAGGCUAUAAGGUGAUCCACUGCAGCGGCUACCUGAAGGUGCGUCAGUACGUCGUGGACCUGCCCAUCUACGAGUCCUGCUAUCAGACCGUCGGCCUGGUGGCUGUGGGCCACUCGCUCCCUCCCAGCGGCAUCACCGAGAUCAAGCUCCACAACAACAUGUUCAUGUUCCGGGCCAGCCUGGACUUCAAACUCAUCUUCUUGGACUCCAGGGUGGCAGAUCUGGUGGGAUACGAGCCUCAGGACCUGAUAGAGAAGACCCUCUACCACCACGUUCACGCCUGCGAUGUUCUCCACCUGCGCUUUGCUCACCACCUGCUCCUGGUGAAGGGCCAAGUCACCACCAAGUAUUACCGCAUGUUGUCCAAACAUGGCGGCUGGGUUUGGAUGCAGAGCUACGCCACCAUCGUCCACAACAGCCGCUCCUCCAGGCCUCACUGUAUCGUCAGCGUGAACCACGUCCUCACCGACAUCGAGGGCAAAGACCUUCAGUUAUCAGAGGACCAGAGUCAGGCCAACAGGCCGAGACUCGUGUUCACUUCCCCUCAGGAGCAUCGCAAACAAUUCAAGAACACAGCAAGCAGAGUGAGGAGCAAACAGAGAGCUGCUCCGUACCCACAGCAGGCCUGCAGUCACUUCCACCCGGACUACUCUCCGCCGAGGAGCGUGUCCAUGGAGAGGCUGCUGUACCCACUGACCUCCUCGGGUUCAAGUCCUGAAGCACCCCAAGAGUCUGGAUGCAACCGGUCCUUCCACUACUCUUGCAGCCUCUGGCAAGAGUCCAGUUCGGUCUCCAGCCCUCAUCCACCUCACCAGAUACCUGGGUCGUCCAACUGCAGGCGGGCAGCAGGACGGGACCUGUCGAGGGCCAGCAAGGGCCCCCCACUCAUCAGCAGAUACACAGGUGACCCGACGACCCAAGAGGAGCAGUACUGUGACUCAGGCCCCAGAACAUCCUCCACGUGUAGGCUACAGCAGGGACUGAACGAACGUCUCCAUGACGACGGGAAAGUCUUCCAACAUUGCCGACCUCAUGUCACCAGGGGCAGUAAAUCCUCAGGACAUCUCAGAAGCAGAGCAGGACAUGCAGGGGGCGCUGACCUCUCCUGCCCUCUGCUGAGCAGCCUGGUUGUUGGGAAAGAGGAGCAGGGAGGAUUCCAGCAUCUUCCUGUGCAGAUGGUCCUGGAGCAGAGGAGAAUGCUUUACAUGAUGGAAGCCCCGUACAGACGCGGAGCAGCCACACAGCACGCGGAGGAGCGAGUCGCUGCAGGGGAGCUGGAGAGGGAGAGAAUGUGGUUUGGGAUGGGGCAAUCUCCGUACGUGUCACUUAACUUCCAGCAGCUUUUGGGGAGUUCACAUUUUGGCUCACUGUCUCAUGUGACUGAUGGCUACCAUGGCAAAGACUCCUACAACCAGCAGAGCCCCGAUUCUAGCUUGUCCCCAAAGGGUCCCCGAGAGAUCCCCCAUUACAUCGGGACUUCAGUCAUCAUCGCCAAUGAGAGGUGA